AUGUCGAUAGAAAUAAAAAAUGUAACGAAAGAGUACGGUUUGCAGAAGGCGUUAAAUGACGUUUCUUUUACAGUUAACCAAGGGGAGAUUUUAGGUUUUUUAGGACCUAACGGUGCUGGAAAGUCAACUCUGAUGAAAAUUAUUACUUGUUAUAUUCCACCAACUUCUGGAACAGUCAUUGUAGAUGGAUAUGACGUGCUAGAAGACUCCUUAGAGAUAAGAAAAAAAGUAGGGUAUUUACCAGAACAUAACCCUCUGUAUUUAGACAUGUAUGUGAAAGAGUACUUAACUUUUAUUGCAGGUGUCCAUAAAUUAAGUAAAAAGAAGGAUAAGGUGUCUAACGUAAUUGAUUUAGUGGGACUGGGAUUAGAACAAGGAAAGAAAAUAGGUCAGUUGUCUAAAGGUUAUAAGCAAAGGGUAGGAUUGGCACAAGCCUUAAUCCAUGAUCCUAAUGUUCUUAUUUUGGACGAACCAACUAGUGGAUUAGAUCCAAAUCAAUUGGCUGACAUAAGAGAGGUCAUUAAACAAAUUGGAAAAGAAAAGACAGUUAUGUUUUCGUCUCAUAUUAUGCAAGAAGUAGAGGCUAUUUGUGAUCGGAUAGUGAUUAUAAAUAGAGGAAAUUUAUUGGUUGAUAAAGAUGCAAGUCAAAUAAUGAAAUCCAACUCGAGCCAACAAAUUGUAAAAGUCGAAUUUGAUAAACCGGUUUCUAAAUCUGAAUUGAAAGCAAUUUCUGGGGUGAAUAAGGUAGCACAAUUGGGAGGAAAUAAUUGGGAAAUAAUUUCAAAUGAAUCAGAAGAUUUACGUGUUGAAAUUUCGAAAUUUGCUGCGAGUAAAGGAAUGUUGAUUUUGUCUUUGCAAAAAGAGACUCAAAAGCUAGAAAAUAUUUUUAAAGAAUUAACCCAUUAA